AUGGAGGAGUAUUUUCGUACGGCUUUGAGCAAAGAACUUGCCAUUGCACCGCCGGAACGUGAUCAUGAACAUCUAUCGUCGACAUCUCGUCUGUUGGAAAAACAACGUGAAGUUAAUGAAACAGAAGCGUUAUUAGUAAACCAAAAAGAGGAAUUCAAACUGAAAAUGCAAAGUUUGAAACUUCGUCGUGAAAAACUGAAUGAGAAGGAGCACGAACUUCGCGAAAGUUUGGUUAAUUUUGAGAAAUAUAUCAAUGAACUCGAUUCGAAACGAAUGCGAGCAUUAAAGCGCGCUCAAGAUGAACGUGAUCUUGCAGCAUUGAAACAAAAAGAGGUUGAAAAAUUACACGAAGAUGUUGCUGAAUUGACACGCAAACGUGAAGAAUUAGCAGCACGAAAUGCGCAAUAUGCUAAACAUAGCACUUAUCUGGAAAAAACGGUGGAAAUCGCAGAUGAAUUUCAAGAAAUUCAAGAACUUGUCGAUCGGUACACAACGUUGGACAUGAAUAAAAAUUCAUUACUAGAAAUCCAGAAUCAACGAGAAGAACAACUUGAAGCAGUGCGUAAGAAGCGCGAAGAAUUCCUUCGAGAAAAGAAUAAUCAGAAUUUAACACUAAAUAACCGUAUUGGUGAUUUGCAGCACGAACUUGAACGAGCUGAAAUAGCUUCACGACGCGCAGAAAACAAAUGGAGCUCGAUUCAGACUACCGCAGCGGAAAGAACUUUACAAAUCGGUAAUAUCAUCCUUGCCGUACGUAAUUUACAUCAAAUGGUCGCCCGUCAACAAAAACCUGAUAAAGAAGAACGAAUUGUUGGAGCUGAAAAUCCCAUCAAACGCGUCCGACAACAAUUGGAUAAAGUUUCCGCAUUUAUUCACGAUUUCACUGAGAUCAUCAAUGAAAUGAAUCUUUCCAGUCCCACUCAACCGAAAUCUAAUUAA